GGUAACGUCACGCUAUUAUGAAUGCAGUGAACUAGCGGCUUUGCUCCAGCAGGAACUGUCCUUAUAAAUUAUUAAACUCAUGGUCGGCUUCUUGACAGUAAAUGUGCACUAAUGAUGCACUACUCAAACUGGCUUAUUGACGUGAAAAACAGGGCAAGCCUUCGAAAUGCGUGCAAAACACCACCUAACACGGACUGGAACAACAGGGGAAAUGUUGUGGACCUGCAGAACAACAACCCGCAGCCUAAUGAGAAAACCUCCGAGCUAAUGGUCACCACCCACCUCUGGAAAACAGGUUACAAAAUAAUCAAAAAGAUCGGGGAGGGCACAUUUUCAGAGGUGGUGAAAACUCAGAGCCUGAAAGAUGGGAAGUUUUACGCAUGUAAAACCAUGAAACAGACAAUAAACAGUCUGGAGCAGGCCAACAACCUGCGGGAAGUCCAGGCAAUGAAGAGACUGAGCCCUCAUGCAAAUAUCAUCCAGCUACAUGAACUGAUUUUUGACAAAGAAACUGGAACCGUGUCUUUGAUCUGUGAGCUGAUGGAGAUGAACAUCUAUGAGUACAUACAAGGAAGAAAAACACCACUGCCUGACCAUACAGUAAAACAUUACAUGUACCAACUUUGCAAGUCACUGGAACACAUGCACAGCUGUGGGAUCUUUCACAGAGACGUGAAGCCUGAAAACAUCCUUAUAAAACAAAACAUUUUGAAGCUUGGUGACUUCGGCUCAUGUCGGAGUGUGUACUCCAAGCCCCCGCACACAGAGUACAUCUCCACGCGCUGGUACAGAGCCCCGGAGUGCCUCCUCACUGAUGGCUAUUACAGCCUAAAGAUGGACAUCUGGAGCGCCGGUUGUGUCUUCUUUGAAAUCAUGAGCUUGAAUCCUCUCUUCCCUGGAGGCAAUGAGUUGGACCAGGUUGCUAAGAUCCAUGAUGUGUUGGGGACACCAGAUCAAGGUCUUCUCCAAAAGUUCAAACAGUCGAGAGCGAUGCAUUUUAACUUUCCCCCAAAGAAAGGCACCGGUAUCUCGCGGUUAGUCCCUAACUGCCCAGCUCCAGCUCUGUCACUGCUCUACCAGAUGCUUGCCUACGACCCAGAUGAACGCAUCGCUGCAGAGACAGCCCUGAGGCACACGUACUUUAGGGAAAUCAGGAUGGCAGAGAAGAAAGCAGAGACUCUUCACAGAGUUUCUGGGACUAUGGAUGGCAUGGGGAGCAGUGUGAUGCAAAACUCUUUACAACACAUCUGGAGACCAACCAGACUCGGCAAACAACUGAGGGGAAGACACACAAGACAAACGCCUUUAAUGAGUCACAACAUGAAGCAUGUAGCAGACCCCCUCAUCAGACGAAACGUCCCUCAUUACGCAGCAGAGCUGCCCAAGAUUAACAUGGUUGUACCAGGACCACAGAUCUCCUUCCCAGUCUCCACUCUGCCUGCGUUUACCGUGACUCACCGAGGCACACUGCCAGCCAUCACGUCAAAAAAGUGCCAGUCACAGUUGGCCAAGCCCCGGGAUGAGUCACACCGCGCAGCUUUCAAGACCUACUAUAUGCCACCUCUGGAUAGGAAACAUGGAGGCUUCUGAGAGCCAAAUACGCUGAAGUAUUACAUUUACAAAUGCCUUUCAAAACAGGACAGACCUGUCCUGACAAACAGAUUGCUGAGAGGACACUGUUUGGACAGGCUUUAUGUUGAAAUCUGUAAAACAUGCUCGAGAAAGAAACGCAAUGAAGUCCACCAAAACUGUCAUCUCACCAGUUAUUAGGACUGCUGCACCAAACUGUUCAACCUUGAUUGUAAUGAGGAAAUUCAAUGUGACCUCAACUCAAACAAUGUAUUCUUUCAUAUAAUGUUGGAUAAAGAUCAAGUAGCUUUAGUUCCUUAGUUUUACUUGACCUUGUCGGGUGUCACACGUUUACAACCCUUUAACAACAGACUUCAAACUGAGCCUAAUGUAGUACACACACCUAACAGUAUGACAUUUGAUAGAUAGGUAAACAGCAUUUAACAUUAGUGAUCAACAUUUUUAACUUCUUUUAAAGUAAUAUGACACCUUUAAAGAAGUAAUCGCACCACUAGGACUUCUUCAGGUUGUACUAUUUUACAACUUUAGAUCAAGCUCUGUUGACACUGAUUAACAAAAAGAAAAGACUUAAAUGUUAAAAUAGCCACAAUUCUUAUCAAUUCGUCACCCUUCACUAACACACCUACAUUUACCAUUUUUUAAAUGAUAAAUUGAAUGAGACGACCAGUUUCUAAUUACAGCGUAACAAAUGACACACUGGGGACCUGAAAGGUCCAACAACCGAAUAAUUAAUUUCCUGGUCGAGAGAAAAGAUUCAUCUCACAGCAUGAAUUCUAGACAUAAAGAAAAGCUCCACAGGAGCAUAAAAACGUCCUGGAGAAGCCGAGGCAAAGCUGGAAACUUAUAAAUGCUACAUAGUAGCUUUAAUAAUCCACUGAGAUUUACAGUGUAAAGUGAGAAAAACUCCACAGUCAAGGUUGAAUUCCCUUUCUAAGGACUAUAUAUUUGUGAUAGCAUGUCUUUCAAAUUACCAUGAUUGAAGUCCUCAUGAUUUGAAAGGUAAUAGUCUUCCUGUACAAAGGUCAGCAGCAAACACAUUCUCAUGAACUCAUCCUCAGCCACGUGUUUCGAGAUGUACUUUAAAUGCACAUUUUGUGAUCUAGCUGUAAACUAAUUAAACAGCUUUGAGUGGGAUACAAAAGACAGAAAUUGAAUCGUUAAAAAGAACUGAGCUUCCUUUUAGAUGAACCAUGUACAUGGAAACACCUGUGUUGAGAUGCCUGGAGAAUUGUUGCUGAUGGGACGUUAGAAAGUCAGAUGAUUGAAUGUUGUUUAGAGCGUAGCUUGACCUGUACCUUCAUACUCCUAACUUGAGGCACUGUGGCUUAAAAAAGAAGAAAAAAAAAAGUACCAUUUCAUGCAGAGCUGUGAGCUCAUUAAAACGGACUGUGACUCAGUCUGCACUUUAUUGUGUUUGUUAUUGUGUCAGAGUAAAAAAAAUAUCAAGUAUCAUUUGUAUGAUGUUGUCAUUAACCUGCAUUACAAAUAAAACAUAAUAUAUGCACAAACCGUUGACACAAAAA